CUGACACACACGCGGACUCCUAUUCAUCCUCAAACUUAACACCAGCAUGUACCCUGCGCUGCUCUGACUGGAAACACCGGCUGACGUCAUUCGGAUUUCUCUGCAGAGACAGAAAUAAAAACAGGAGCAGAAAAUGGCAGCCGCAGACAUCUUCUACUUCACUUUGUGGAUCGCCACAGUCCUCACCACCGGACUCGGAUGCCCUGAGCUCUGCACCUGCUCAGAUAAAUAUGGCCGCCAUUUUGCUGAAUGCUCUUACAAAGACUUGGUCGCAGUCCCGGAUGGUUUGCCUCUUAAUGUUACAACUGUGAGUCUCACCGCCAACAAGAUCAGUGUGAUAUCAUUGGGGAGCUUCGACAACGUCACCCGGGUGACGUCGCUGUGGGUGGCCCACAAUGAGAUCGUAUCUAUUGAACCGGGGACCCUCACGCCUUUAGGUCAUCUGCGUAACUUUGACAUCAGCCACAACAGACUUGUAGACUUUCCUUGGGAGGAUCUGCAGAAUCUCACGAGCCUGCUGCUGUUGAAGAUGAACCACAAUGAGAUGGUGCACCUGCCGAGUGACGCCUUCGACAACCUCAAAGACCUGAGGUCCCUCCGACUCAACAAUAACAAAUUCACAACCAUCGCUGAAGGGACAUUUGACGGUUUGGUGUCGUUGUCCCACUUGCAGAUUUAUAAAAACCCUUUUGCAUGCACCUGCUCCCUCGACUGGCUCAGAGACUGGAUUUCAAAAACCACCAUCACAGUCCCGGAGCAGAAUUCGAUCAUUUGUGCAACGCCACAGAAGCUCAGAGGGGAAAUGAUCGGAAAAUUGCCUGAGUCAAAGUGCACAGGCACAAGUGUGACAAUACAAGCCGAGCCAAAUACUCACAACACGACUUUCUUCGAGGGCAGUACGCUGGUGUUGACUUGUGUAUUCACAGGAAACCCAAAGCCUCUGGUGUUGUGGGACAUUCACAGCAAAAGCCAGAAGCUAGAGCUGGCAUUGUCCUUCACUGAGGAUGACUCAGCAGAAUCAAAUGAAGACUCGUUACUGUCCUAUAAUCCAGUAAAAGUCUUUAAUAAUGGGACUCUCAUCAUUUCAUACCUCAGGAAGGAAGACGGCGGUAACUACAGCUGCUCGGCCACAAAUGAGUUUGGAAGAGCCGAGGAUUCGGUGUCAGUGGAAGUGGUGGCGUUACCAAAGCCAACACCCAAAAAACGAAUCACCACAACACCUGCCUUCAUUAAAAUGCACCCAUCUGUACACCAAACAACAGACAAAACAUCUGUUUUUGAUUCUGUGCGUCUCCCUGAUUUAAAGAGAAAAGACAUCAUGAACACUGCACCCAGUUUUCCGCCCACUGCAGAUAUCAAGCCCUCGGAGAAGGCAGCAACAUAUCCAUCACGUGCUAGUAAAUGCGGCUUGACGGCUAACACGAGAUACAUUUCCAGCCACGUCUUUAAUGGGAGCAUGGAUGAUAUCAAGCAGUACACAUUUGACUUUGGCGUCAUCGCAUUAGGGGUGUCAGAAACAGAGGUAACAGUGCGACUCAACCCUCUUCUCAUACCCAGAGACCACAGCGCCAAACGGGAUGCCAUCGCCGCUGCCACCACAUCUGAGAGCCUCCACGCUGACAGUGAAGAACACGAUGGCCUGGCUGACUCCUCCGAAAAAGUCAUCUCAAAUGGCUUGUACCUGUGCGUCACUGCCGACCGCAAACACUCAGCUGUGCAGUGGUCGCGGAUCAAAGAGGGCGUCAAUACGUAUCUGUUCAGCGGUUUACGCCCUGGCACCAACUACUCCCUGUGUCUGACCUACAGAGGGGAGGACUGUGAGGUUCAGGUGCUGUUCACAACGAAGAGGAGGACGCCUAACCUGCUCAUCAUCAUUUCCGUCAGCAUCUGCCUCCUCACCGUGUCCACUGUACCCCUCCUGGGUGCGACGUGCUUCCACUUGGUGUACAAAUACCGCAGCAAGACCUACAAGCUCAUCCUGAAGGCCAAAGACCAGUACCACAUGGAGAGGAACCUCACCGCCAACUUUAACAUCCGUGCACCUCACACCGAGUCCCAGAGGAAGAUUAACGGCAGCCAGCUGGACGAGGAGGAGGGGGAGACGGAGAGUGGGGACGGUGAAAGAGAAGCGGAUACAGAAGAAAGUGUCAUGACUGAAUCCUUUUCUUUGUCUCAGUGCAGGAAUUUAGACAACUGUGAGGUCGGUUCUGAGUACAGUGACAGGUUACCUUUGGGGGCUGAGGCAGUGAACAUUACAAGCAACUACAAAUAUCCAAAUCAGUAAUUGUUGACAUCAUUAGCAGUUUACAUUUGCAGGCAGUUUUCAGUUUGUGCCAAUGGUUUAGGCUUCCUUUAGUUGUGCAAAGGCAGCCCUGAAAUAUUGCUUUAUUCCACAGAGAUCUGACAAGACAUAAAAUACAUUUAUUUACAGAGCUGAAUCGUUCCGUCACUAGACAGGCUACAUGCUGCCAGGCUGUGAUUGUCAGAGGAUGUUUUCCAGACAAACAUUUUAGGGAAAUCUGAACUAGGCCUGGACAUGAAAACCUUGUUAGUUUUUUGUGACUGGAAAUAUCACAGCUUGUUUUCCUCCUUUCAAAAUAGGCAAUUUUCUGUGAUGCAUUCAUGUACACUUUUGAAAAAUGAGUUCCAUAAACAACGUUAGAGCAAAAAUACAACCAGCGUGUGUUCCAGAGAGAGAAACUGGGUGCUCAACCUCAAAAUUUUAAAUCAAUUAUCAAAGCAGAGAAAGGCAGCGCUCCAUCAAAGCAGUCAGUGUCUGUCCAGCCUCAUAUUUUUAUUAAGAUAGUAUACUUUUAAUAAGAUUUUAUUAAGAAGUCUGUGCCAGAGGCCUUCCUCAGAGCAUGAGUAGUGUUUAAGAUAAUA